UAUUCAAUCCACAAAUGCCGUUCACGUCUGAACUAGAUAAAUAAAAUAAAUACAUAAAUGAAUAAAAUUUAAAUAAAAAGUCAUUAUUAGUAACAACAAAAGGAGUUAUUCGCUCUUCACUAAAAAAAACCCCCCACAUCAGCUGUGAAACAAACCUGACACUCAUACAGACAUACAUACACUCAUAUUCACGCUCACACUCAUUCUCAACGAAAGCAGUCGUAGCAGCAGCAGUAGCCUUCUCCUGAUGUAACCUUACCUACGUACAAACAUACAUACGUCUAGUUUAUUUACAUCACUUUUAACUCAUGGCUCCCAUAACAGAGGAUAUAACGCGGGAUAUAUGCCUGAUAAUAUCGGAUAUUAUUUGCAUAUCGCUAGUUGCCUUACCAUGUCUCAUCCUGGAAUUGGUCGGUAAACCGUUUCAACGUGGUUUCUACUGUAACGAUGAGAGUAUAAUGUACCCAUACCAUGACAGUACAAUUUCAAUCAGCGUGUUGGUUCUUGUUGGUACAGGACUUAAUAUUACUGCCAUGAUCAUUGGAGAGUGCAUGACACACAAAACCAAUAAGCACUAUUACUGCUUGGUAGGCAAACAAAAGAAGAAAAUAUUUGUUUUCUUUUCCAGAUUAUCUUUCGCCUCAGGCCACUCGUCUUUUGCCAUGUUCUCCAUGCUGUUCCUGGCGAUUUAUAUCCAUGUGACGUUACCUGCUAAGCUGGGGUCAAUGCCAAAAGCCCUUCUGGAGCUCAUUGCCAUAUCCCUGGGCAUUUACACCUGCUUCACCCGAAUAUCUGAUUAUAAACACCAUUGGAGUGAUGUAUUGGCUGGGGGCGGCAUCGGCAUCAUUGUCUGUUUAAUUGUGCUCGGCAAAUUAUCGGAUUUCUUCGUACCAGAAAGUCGAGAGAACUACGAACUCACUACUUACAAAAUCCCGGAUGCACGAAGUAUAUCACAAGCUUCAUCAAGUUCAGGCUGUGAAACAGCUGUUACUCUUGACAACCAUCGCUAGUUUCACUUAGAUCAUGAAACAACUGUAAUGGAAGUAUUCCAACAUGUCUUACAGAAAAAAAAGACUAAAAAAAAAAAAGAAAUACAAGACAGAAAAAAAAGACGAAAUUUAAUUGCUAAAUAUUUUUUUUUACAUUGGAAACAUAUUUUUAUUUUCUUAUUUUUCUUUUGAGAACAUUUUAUAAAAAAAAAAAAAAGACUUCUCAACGAAUUUACUGUUAUACAAAUAUUUUAAUAUCAUUAUUAUUAAUUAUUACUGUUAUAAUUAUUCGUACUGUAGGUGGUGAGCUGACAAUCGUCAGCUCAUCAGAAAGAUGCAUUGUGACAUUUCUUCUGGGAUAUUACAUUCUGAGUUCAAAUACAACCAAGGUCACCUUGACCUUUGAUCUUUUCAGGAUCGAUAAAAGAAAGUACCAAUCAAGAACUGGGGGUCAGUAUAAUCGGCCUGUCCCACCCCUCCUUGAAAAUUGCUGGCUUUGUGCUAAAACUUAAACCAUUAUUAUUAUUAUUAUUAUUAUUAUUAUUACUGUUAAUUGUUACUGCAUCGGAAAAAUUGCUUGGCAGCAUCUUUUCUGACUCGCUAGGUUCUGAGUUCAAAUUCUGCAGAGGUCAGCUUUGCCUUUUGUCCUUUUGGAGUCAAAAAAAAUAGGUACCAGUUAUGUAUUGGGAUCGAAGUAAUCAACUUGUCCCCUCCCCUCCCCUCGAAUUUGCUGGGCUUGUACCACAUUUAGAAAGAAUCAUUAUUGUUCCUUUCUGCUAUAAGCACAAGGCCUGAAAAUUUUAGGGAAGGGGGUCUAGUUGCUUACAUUGACCCCAGUAUUCAACUGGUACUUAUUUUAUUGACCCUUAAAUGAUAAAAGUCAAAGUUGACAGCAGAAUUUGAACCUAGACUGCAAAGAGGGAAGAAAUGUCACUAAUCAUUUUGCCCAGCAUGCCAAGCAUUCUGCCAGCCCACCACCUUAAGAAUUAUUAUUAUUAUUAUUAUUAUUAUUAUUAUUGUUAACCAUUAUUAGUGCUAGACAAAAUGCUUGGCAGCAUUCUGUCUGGCUCUUUAUGUUCUGAGUUUGGAUUCUGCCAAGGUCAAUUUUCCCUUCAAUCCUUUCGGGGUUGAUUAAACAAGUACCAGUUUACUCACUGGGGUCGAUGUAAUCGACUUAACCCCUUCUCCAAAAUUGCUGCCCUUGUGGCAAAAUUUAAAACCAUUAUUAUUAUUAUUAUUAUUGUUAUUUAUUUUUUAUUUAUGCACCCUUUUUAAAGCCUAGCCAGGCUCAUGGGCCCGGUUUCCCGGUUUCUAUGGCGUAUAUGUCCACCCCACUCCCAGCUGGAUGGGAUGCCAGUCCAUCGCAGCGUUACUCAAGAAUCAGAAAGAAAGAGUGAGAGAAAGUGGGGGCGAAAGAGUACAACAGGGGUCGCUACCACCCCCUGCCAGAGCCUCAUGGAGCUUUUAGGUGUUUUCGCUCAGUAAACACACACAACGCCCAGUCUGGGAAUCAAAACCGUGAUCCUCUGACCACGAGUCCACUGCCCUAACCACUGGGCCAUUGCACCUCCACAUUAUUAUUAUUAUUAUUAUUAUUAUUAUUAUUAUUAUUAUUAUUAUUAUUAUUAUUAUUAUUAUUUUCAUAGGAAAUAGGCAUGGUUGAUAAUUUCAAAAUAAAAAUUGUCAUUUUGAUAUUAUCUACCCUCCCCAUUCCCUGAAUCAUUAUUGUUAUUAUUAUAAUUAUUAUUGUUAUUAUUGUCGCUAUUUUAAUUACUAUUGUUGUUUUUUGUUGUUAUCAUUGUUAUUAUUUGAUGAAAACUCACGGCUUAUGAUGAAAAGUGUCACAUUAAGGUGACACUUGUCUACUGGUCAUGCUUCAAGAAACUCUGUGGAGGAUUCUUGCAGUUCCAAGCAAUGCUGGUUUUGGUAGGUGUUCUACCUCUACAUUAGUACCAAUCUUUUUUGAGCCAUGCUGGUAGUUGAGUGCUGAUACUUCCAAGUGUGUCAAUUACUAUUAUUAUUAUUAUUAUUGAGUGAGAGAGCAGUGCAUGCCAUCAAAGUGACACUGGAGUAAAAUAUACGAAGCCCAUUAUACCCAUCAUGACUACCCGUCUGAUAAGGGUACACCAGGCACAUGCAUCACAGCUAUGUGUGUGCAACAUGGUGAUCUCAUAUCAAGAUUCUUCAUGUUGAGUAGCCCAUCCUGUUCAAAAGGUCUCUGAAUAAGGUUUGUUUAAGGAUGUUGAGCAAAACACCCAUGUUUCCAAAGGUGAAUUAUUCAAACCCCAAAGAAUUCCUCUCAACACAUGGCUAUGAUGCUCCCCAACUACUUCUGCUUGUGAUCAGAGAUGCACAUAUCAUCAGCCACUAAGGGACAUGCUCAACUGGUUAAGAUCAAACAAGUGACAAGCAAAUGUGUGGUAAUGAGCAGAAUAUUUGCUGUGUCCCAUCUUUUAUACCAAGACAAAACAAUGUAAAUGAUAACACUUCCAAUCAUUAUGUACAUUGUUUUGUCUUGGUAUAAAAGAUGGGACACAGCAAAAAUUCUGCUCAUUACCACACAUUUGCUUGUCACUUGUUUGAUCUUAACCAGUUGAGCAUGUCCCUUGGUGGCUGAUGAUAUGUGCAUCUCUGAUCAUGAGCAGAAGUAGUCGGGGAGCAUCAUAGUCAUGUGCUGAGAGGAAUUCUUUGGGGUUUGAAUUAUUAUUAUUAUUAUUAUUAUUAUUAUUAUUAUUAUUAUUAUUGUUAUUGUUUAUUGUUAAGGCAACAAUCUAGCAGAAUCAUUAACAUGUCAGAGAAAAUGGUUAGCAGCAUUUCUUCCAGCUUUACAGUCUUGAGAUCAAAUUCUACUGAGAUUGACUUUACGUUUCAUCUUUUGAGGAUCAAUAAAAUAAGUACCAAAUGAGCACUGGGACCGAUGUAAUCAUCUUCUCUAAAAUUUCAGGCCUUGUGCCUAACACUCUGAGUUCAAAUGCCACCAAGGUCAACUUUGCCUUUCAUCUUUUCAAGGUUCAUAGAACAAGUAUCAGUCAAGCACUGGAAUCAAUGUAAUUGACUGACCCCAAUCCCCACAAAAUUUCAAGCCUUAUGUUUGUGGUAGAAAGGAUUAUUAUUACAAGUAUGAGUUCAAAUCCUGUUGAGACUACCUUUGUCUUUUUAUCCCUACUGAGGUCAAACAAUGAAGUUGUUGUCAUAUAUGCUCUGAUACCUGUUAUAGAAGAGUUGCAUUCCUGAAAAUCUUGCCCUGAUAUGAAGUUCCAUCAGCCUGGCAUCCAGGUUCUUUGUACAUCCAUGAAACAUGGACGUCUGUGAGAAAAUAUGGCUUGUGUGAGGGGACUCUUGUGCUACAUGAAUAUUUUCAAGACGGCAAGUCUUCCAUAGUGUGGGGUGGUUCAUGUGUUUGGGUAGAUAGAUGCAUAUAUGCAUAUGUGUAUAAGUGCAUAUAUAUACAUAUAUAUAUAUAAAAAUACAAUGAAUAUGUCCAUUACUUUCCUACAGAUUUUUAUGUCUCUUAAUACUAUUCUCUUACCUUGCCUUUUGGCAUCCUUCUGCAAACCCACAAUUGCUUAACCAUAAUAUGUACGACUGGGGUGUAUAAGGGCAUUAAACAAAUAUCAUAUUGCAUCAUUGCUGCUAAUACAGAAGAAGUGUGCCAAGAGGCUUACGUAACAGCACCAGUCAGCUUACGCAGCAGCAUCUGGCUUAAGGAAACACGUAUAUGUCAUAGAAACCUUAAAAAUACAGAUUACAUUUUUCUGCAUUUCUUAUUACUACAGACAUAUAUACAUACAUGCAUACAUACAAACAUACAUACAUACACACACACACAUACAUACAUACAUACAUACACACAUACAUACAUACAUACAUACACACACAUAUAUGUAUGUAUAAACACACACACACAAGGAAAAGGGGUUGAUAGCGAUUGCAAAGAUUUGGCCUGCUUGCCUUGAAACUGGAAACUUUGAAGCAACAGUCAACCUUUAUCUUAAAUAUAUAUAUAUAUAUAUAUAUAUAUAUAGAGAGAGAGAGAGAGAGAGAGAGAGAGAGAGAUGUACUUGCAUAGCAAGUGACCUGAUCUGAGAUCGUGUGCUGGAACGAAAACAAUUGCAGCGUGGAAGGUGUUUAUAAGCCAUUUAAAAUAACACACAAAAUCCGUUAG